AUGAGGGAAGCUGCGCAUGGUGGUGAGUGCGAAAAAAGGGGAAGUGCCGUGAUACAUGGCAAUGAACGAAGCAACGAGGGUGUAAGCAGGACGAUGCCCCUUGAUCUGGCUCGCUACCACGGGGAAGAAGGCGACUGUGGAGAAGAACGGGGACACCUUAGAAGGACUUUUGUGUACAUGGAACGGACAGAUGAGCCACCCGAUGGGUGCAUAAAGCUCAUAUUAAAUUUUAAAAAACUAAAGUUAAGAAGCGAACAAGAUUUUGCCCAAAUGGUACGUCAAAAACGUCCAACCAUAUUGGAUGCCCUAAAAAAGGCAGAGGCGGGAAUAGGAGCAGCUACCAUUAGCAACAUAGGGAUACCUUCCCGAAAGAACAAAAACGUUCAAUCAGGAAAAUGUGAUAACCAGGAAGAGGCAAAAAAUUUAAUUGUGUGGGAAUUGGAUCUAUCCUGCAAUUACUUUAUACACCUCUCCAUUGACAACCUUCUGUGUGUUCUUAUCCAGAAUGAAAUAAUUAGCGAGGGGAGUGUUUUAAAGGUGAACAAUUUAAAAACAAUAAACAUACGAAAAAAUCUUUUAAUUCUUUUUCCCUACUGGUUGAAAUACAAAUUGGAGAAUCUGCUUCAUUUGUGUUUAUCGCAUAAUGAGAUUUGCGAACUGCCGCCCAUGGAUGGUGCGCCUACGCCUGCUGAAAUGGAGACACGUCCAGCAUGCGCAAUUAACGUGGAGAGAGAUCCUCUCUUCGUAGCCGAGACGAAGGGAGAAUACCCUGGUGAAGAAGGGGCACUGAAUUGGCAAGCACCAAAUUUGACUCACCUUUAUUUACAAAACAACAAAAUUACGUCUCUCCAUUUUGUUAAGUACUUACUCAAUGGGCACAAAAAUAUUUCCUACAUAAAUAUCAGUUUUAAUAGAAUAAAGUCGUUAAGUGACUUCCCCUUUUUGGCAAAUUUGAAGCAAUUCGAUUUAUCCUUUAACAUGCAAUUGUCAUGCCUGCGUGGUGGCGAAGAAGUUGAGCGCAAAAGGGUGAAUAAUCUUCUCAGUGUGUAUGAUCACGAAGGCGAAGGUGAACAGAACGGCCACGCGAGAAGCAAUUUUUUUAACAUCCCCUUACGUGGCGAUAAAAAGUCGAGUCAUCACAACCUUUUUGUUACGUUAAAGUAUUUUUUCCCCAAUUUGGAAAGCAUUAAUUUGAAACACACACCAUUGCUUAGCAUUUAG